CCUUCCUUCUAUAAACAGAAUCCUUCCUACCCAGUAACAAGUCAACGACAUAAUGUUCGGUUGAGAAAUCUAAGAAAUUACACUCUUUUCUUUCAAAUUAUUACAUAUUUUCCAAACAAUCUACCAAAUCAUCUCAAUUUAAUUGUUUUAUUCAAAACACUCAAACUCCCAGCAACGUUUAGAUACUCUCUAGUAAUUUCUUUAAAAAUUUUGCCCAUCCUGUUUAUCGAACAAUGUUUGUGCAUUCAUCAAUCUUCACUGUAAUCUGAUCAAUGUUUCGCACGUGUUUAAUGUUGAAUCCUUUGUUCCUUGAUUCUUACAACCACAAAUGUCUAGAAACAAUAUGAUUAUUGUAUUCGACAGAUUUUAACAUCCCUCUUUUUUUAUUCUUUCAUUUCACGAUGCAGGUCUCUUGUCCAAACAAUGUGAAAAUUUAUAAUUUGAGCGCUGGAAAGUCCCUCCCAGAGUGGUUAUCUGAACGUAAAAGACGAAACUUGUUAAAAAAAAAUGUCGAUAUACGACGUCGAAUCGAACUUAUCCAGGACUUUGAUAUGCCUGGAGUUAGUACUUCUAUUAAAGUUACAAAAGAUGAAAAGUAUAUUUUGGCAACUGGAAUAUACAAGCCACGCGUAAAGUGUUACGACGUAAAUAAUUUAUCUUUAAAGUUCGAACGCUGUUUCGAUUCCGAAGUUGUUACUUUUGAUGUAUUAUCGGAUGAUUGCAGUAAAUUGGUUUUCUUACACUGCGAUAGAAAUAUCGAGUUCCAUGUUGCUCAUGGAAGAUAUUAUAGACUCAGGAUACCACGUUUUGGAAGAGACAUCAAGUAUCAUUAUCCGUCUUGUGACUUAUUCGUCGUAGGAGACAGUAACGAGAUUUACAGAAUAAAUCUUGAAAGAGGACAAUUUUUGCAGUCUUUCUCGACAGAAGCGUCCUCGUUAAAUAAGUGCGAAAUAAAUUCAGUACAUCAUCUGCUUGCUGUGGGAACAGAGGAGGGAAAAAUUGAAGCAUGGGAUCCUAGAAGUAGAAGUAAAGCGGCUACUUUGGACUGUGCUUUGCACUGUGUCGGACAAAGCGAUAAGUUACAAGUUAUCCCUGCAGUUACUAGUUUAAAGUUUCAAGGAGGCUUGACGUGCGGAGUGGGCAUGUCAAAUGGACAGAUAUUGUUGUACGAUAUUCGUUCGAAUAAACCGUUUUUGAUCAAGGAUCACAUGUAUGGAUUACCCAUCAAGAGUAUCGAAUUUCAUCAGAAAAUGGACAUGGUUUAUUCUAUGGACAGUUCUAUUGUCAAGAUAUGGGACAAAAACAAUGGAAAAUUGUACACCUCGAUCGAAGCCGAAAACGAUUUUAACGACAUGUGCGUUAUACCAAACACCGGAAUGCUUUUAAUUGCUAAUGAAAAUACGAAAAUGCAAACGUAUUAUGUUCCUUCUCUUGGUCCAGCUCCUUAUUGGUGUAGCUUCUUGGACAAUUUAACGGAGGAAUUGGAGGAAUUAAAUUAUGAAAUUAUUUAUGACGAUUAUAAAUUUCUUACGGAGAAAGAGUUGGAUGAAUUAGGUCUUUUGCAUUUAAAAGGCACUAAUCUUCUUCGUGCUUAUAUGCACGGAUACUUUAUGGAUAUUCGAUUGUACCGAAAAGCGAGAGAUGCGAUGAAACCGUUUGAAUUCCAAGAGUACAAGAAAAAGAGAAUUCAGGAAAAAAUGCAAGAAACUUGCGCUAGUCGGUUACAGAUUGAAAAAAUAGCAACCGUUAAUAAAGAGCUUGCGUUGAAACUGAUGGACGAGACAAAUACGAAAAAGAAGAAGAAAACUUCUUCUUCCGCCCUUCUAAAAGAUGAACGUUUCAAAGCACUUUUUACUAAUCCCGAUUUUCAAGUGGACACAACCUCGGAAGAGUAUUCGUUGUUGAAUCCCGUUGUCUCUCAGUUGAAUAAAAGUCAGGCAAAGAGGUUGUUGAAAGCCAAAGCAAUGGAAGAAGAGAUGAAACUCGAUCCUACAAACGAUGAAACGCAAGAUAAUAAUAGUUCCGAUGAAAGUUUCAUUCAUGAUGAUAGUAGUUCGGAGGAUGAAAAAGUAUGGGUUAAAGAAGUGAAGAAACAAUAUCGGUUAAUGAAGAAAAACGAACAACAACAACAACGGGAGAUACAAGAGGAGGAUGAAAGUGUCAAAAACACCGAUGAACAUAGAGAAAACGAACCCAAGUUUUAUGAAAUCAAAGAGAACGUAGAAUUCAAAGAUGCAAAACCGGUAGCAAAGAGACUAAACAAGGCUAGUUUAGGAGAAAGACUAAGAGACCAAGAAGCUAAUAAUAUUCAAGUUUCUGGUUCUCGUGGUAAUAGAGAAAUGACUUUUGUCGUUGAAAAGAAGAAAGAAACAAAACGUGCAAAAGGUCAAGUGAAAAGACACGAAAAAGGAUAUAAACAUUUGUUGAGACCAGCAGGAAAUUUGUUUAAAAAGAGACGUUAAUAUAAUUUAUUGUUGUACCUA